GAAAAAACAAAAGAAAAGAGAGUGUAUUUUUUAUCAUUUCUGAGCCCUUUUUCCCCUUCCUAUUAUCCCCAUUUUCUGCUUGCUAUUUCUCUCCCCUGUUCCCCCAAAUACUCUCCUCUCUCUUCAAUCCACUCCCGCAGUAACCCUCUUUCCUAUGCAACAGCGCCUUCCUCCUCCUCCUCUCUUCCUCUGCCCCUCCCCUGCCCACCAUUAACAAGGAAGAGCGCCCACCCAAAAUCCCUCAUUUGCUCCAGAGCAAAGAGACCCAUUUCAAGGAGGAAGAGGAGGAGGAGCAGGAAAGCGAAGAAAACCAAAGCCCCGCUUUUCUAUCACCAAAACCAUCUUCUAUCCUUGGUCCAUCUAUUAUUUCCAUCAAUCUAUAAUCCAUCUCUCUUGGUUGAGAUGAGUCCAAGCUAUGCUUGCAUGUCCUCCAUCCUCCUCUGCGCCGAGGACACCAGCAGCAUCCUGGGCUUUGAUGAUGAUGAGGAGGAGAGUAUCCGGGGGAAGAGGCCAGGCUGGGCCACACAAAAAAGGAACGAUUUUUAUGGGGAUUCCUUGAUGGUUUUCCCCCUCCAGUCGGAUGAGUGCUUGGCUCGGAUGGUGGAGAGAGAACCCAAGCAUUUGCCCAGGGGUGACUACGCUGAGAGACUGCGCUCUGGGGCCCUGGACCUGUCCAUCAGAAGAGAAUCCAUCGAUUGGAUUUGGAAGGUUCAUGCCCAUUACAGUUUUGGACCUUUGAGUGCCUAUUUAUCUGUGAAUUACUUGGAUCGGUUCCUCUCAACCUAUGAGCUUCCUCAAGGCAAGGCUUGGAUGACGCAAUUAUUGUCGGUGGCAUGCUUGUCAUUAGCGGCCAAGAUGGAGGAAACUGAAGUUCCUCUAUUGCUGGAUUUGCAGGUUGGGCAGUCAAAAUAUGUAUUCGAGGCUAGGACUAUUCAGAGAAUGGAGCUUCUGGUUCUGAGCACCCUCAAAUGGAAGAUGCAAGCUGUGACUCCUUUUUCUUUUAUAGAUUACUUCCUUCACAAGUUCAAUGAUGGUAAUUCUUCCUCCAAAUUAUUGAUAUCCCGAUCCACGGAACUUAUUUUGAACACAGUUAGAGGGACAGCUUUCUUAGCAUUCAGACCUUCGGAAAUUGCUGCAGCUGUUGCACUGUCAGUGUUGGGAGAAACCCAAACUGUGGAUGUCGAGAAGGGUGUGUCUUGCUGCAUCCACAUAUCAAAGGAGAGAGUGUUGCGAUGCUAUGAAGUAAUUCAGGAGAAUGUACUGAUGAGAAAUAGGCUGCUUAAAAAUGCUAGCCCAACGGUUUCUUCAGUGCCAUGGAGCCCAAUUGCAGUGUUAGACGCUGCAUGCCUGAGCUAUAAGAGUGAUGAUAUAACUGUUGGGUCACAUUCUACAUGCCAUCAUCCUUCUCCAGCUAGCAAGAGGAGGAAAAUAUGCUCAUCUUCAAUCCCAUGAAGAUGGGGGUUUUCUGGGUACUGCUCACCUGUUUUGGGAGGUUUUGGUACCAUCAAACAAGUUAGUCUGGUUUGGUUAGUGGGUGCUUUUGUGUGGUCAGAAAGUUACCAACAAAAAAAAAAAAGAAUGAAACUUGGCAAAAACAAGGAGGAAAAGAAAACAAAGAUCAGAUGUUUUGGGUGAGCAGUACUCAUCCCUCUAAUAUGAAUGAAGCAGUGAAGCACCCACCAGCAGUUGAAUUAUCAAAAAUGCAGAGGCAGAAAGGAGAACAGAGAAAAGUGGAUGCAAUGAUAGAAAAAUGGAGAGAAAUGUAUGCUUGGGAGAAGAUAGAGGCUGCCAAAGAUAAACUGAGCGGUGUUUUUGUAGUUUGCUUUUCUUUUUACCAUUAGGGAAAAGGUCCCUGUGGGUAUGAAAACUGACCACUGAAAGAGAAAAUAGACA